UCCAAUUCUCGUGAACGAAUUAAAUGCGCUCAAAUCCACACUUCAUUUAUUCUCACUCUCCGCAUCCCCGUGACUCCUUUAAGCCUCCCCAUUAUGCUCUACCUUAGUAAUUGCUAUGGGUACCCCAGAGUCUCCACCAAUUCAAAUUUUUUUAAAAACAGUGGUUGAAAUGUGUUGAUUUGAGAGUGAAUUUCAAACAAAGGGUGUUGUUGUAUGGAAGCGUACAUUUACAUUCGUAUCAGUUAGCUGUCCUAAUUAUUUCUGUUCCGCCAGAUAUAUUGCAGUUUGAAUUUUUCUAUCUAAAAUGUAUAAGAUUUUGUAUCAAAAUGAAUUUAUUGUAAACACAAUGAUCUUACGAUACGUAAAGCAUCACAAAUAAAACCGCUACGUAAUAAUCGCAACGGUCAGAUCUUCUGCUAAACGUGAAAUUUGAACGUGCGUGAAAAUUCAUUAUAUCAAAAUCUCUUCUUCUUUUUUUUUUUAGUUUGAAAGUUGUGCCCUAAGUUUUACUCUCAAAUUUGAAUUGGUGACACUAUGGGGUAACACUUUAAUUUAAAGGCCCCACUAACCACUUCUCUCUCUCUCUCUCCUCCCUUUCCCUCCAACCCAACACUAUAAAUUCCUUCCCGACCGUUGCUUCCCUCCAUUCCCAACUGUAGCAAACCCCCCUAACAGAAACCAUGCCAACCCUACUCUUCUCCCUCCCCCUCCUAAACCUGUUAUUAUUACUACUGCUUAGUCUUAGUCCAAUUCCCGUAUGCCGGUCCGAAUUCACCGUCGUCCUCCCCGACUCCUCCGCGCUCGUGGACGGCCCCCAGACGGGCCGCUCCGACCGCGCCCGCACUGACCCCGACGAGCAGCGCGCCGUGUACGCCGUCAUGGCGGCCACGGGCAACGCGUGGGCGGCGUCGAUCCGCGACGUGUGCCGCGGGCGGUGGCACGGCAUCGAGUGCAUGCCCGACAGGGACGGCGUCUUCCACAUCGUCUCCCUGUCCUUCGGGGCGCUGUCCGACGACACCGCGUUCCCAACCUGCGACCCCGCGCGCUCCACCCUCCCCGCCGCGGUCCUCGCCCUGCCGCACCUCCGCUCCCUCUUCUUCUACCGUUGCUUCGCGGGGAAUCCGCAGCCGAUACCGGCCGUGCUCCGCGAGAACGGCCACGUGGGCCCCAUCCCCGCCGAGCUCGGCAACCUCACCGCGCUCCGCGUCCUCGACCUCCACGGCAACAACCUCACCGCGCCCAUCCCCUCGUCUCUCCAACGCCUCGCGCGGCUCCGCCUCCUCGACCUGAGCUCGAACACCUUGCGGGGGCGCAUCCCCCAGCUCAAGCUCCCCGGUUUGAACGUGCUCGACCUCAGCCGCAACGCGCUCCGCGGCCCGAUCCCGGGGAGCCUCGGCCGAUUCGGCUCGCUCCUCAAGCUCGACCUGAGCCGGAACCGGCUCACCGAGCGAAUCCCCGACUCGCUCGGCGACCUCGGAGCCCUGAUCCUCGUCGACCUCAGCCACAACUCGCUCGCGGGACCGCUCCCGACCGCUCUGGGGCGCCUCGGAUCGCUCCGAGCGCUGAUCCUCAGCAACAACUCGAUGGCGUCGACGACGAUCCCCGGAGACCUCUUCUCCGGGCUGAGAAACCUGAUCGAUCUGAUCCUCUCCGACAUGGAUCUCGAGGGGUCGAUACCGGAGUCGAUCGGCGACCUCCCGAGCCUCCGAGUGCUGCACCUGAACGGGAACAAGUUGGAGGGAUCGAUACCUCGGAGCUUCCGGAGGUUGGAGCGGCUGAGCGAGUUGCGGAUCGAGGGGAACCGAUUGAGCGGGGCGAUCCCGUUCGCGAGGGAGACGAUGUGGAGGAUGGGGAGGAAGAUGAGGGUGGAGGGCAAUGCGGGGCUCUGCUACGACGCCAAAAAUGGGAGCUUUGAGGGGAUCGCGGCGGUGUCGGCGAUGAAUUACUGCGAAGGUGAGGGGUCGGAGAGCAAAAUGGACGCCGCUGGGGAGAGCGCGAAGCGUGUUGCGCCGAGGAAGGGCGAUCACCCACCGUCCGUUUCGAUCUCCUCGGCGCGUGAUCAUCGUCGGCGGGGUUUUCAUCGGACGGUUGGAGUGGUCGCUGGGUUUUUGUUCUCUAUUUGUUUUUUCUCCUUAUAAUCGUAUGCAGUAGUAACAAAGUAUAGAGGGCCCCUGCCCCGGGGUGAUUGAUUACUUUUGAAUUGUAAGAUGUUUUUUUUUUUUUUCUAAAUUUUUUUUUUAAGAGUCGAUAAUUACUCAGUUUGAUGAUAGCUUAGGUUUGAUCUACUUGUAUGUGAGAAAUAUUUUAUCCACUCGCUUUUACUUGUAAUAUUUUAUGACGGAUAAGUUUUUUAUUUUCGGCCGAGUUCCAUGGAUUUGAACUCUUUUUGAGUACAUGUUUUACCGCAGCAGAGUCAACAUGAUUUACAAAUAAGAAUGCCUUUAAUAUCAUACUAACUGCACGGAAUAAUCAUUCCCACCAUGAUAUCAGAAUUUCAAGGUUAAAAUCCUUCAUGCUCAAUCGCUUGAAAUGCUCUCCGAAUUCUGCUUCGGAUCAAGAUUAGCGUACCUUAUGUGCAAGGCCAAGAGGAAACAAAAGAUAAAACAGCUCGCCAGAUCUGAUUAAUGUAUAUAUCGAUCAUCUUAACAGUAACACAAACCAAAAAAAAAAAAAGAAAAGAAAACCAAAAGAAGUUCAAAGUUCGCUCGAGACGAGGGUUGCAUACUGA